UGUUUCACUAUCGUGUAUAAUGCUGUUAUUAAGACGUUUAUGUAAAACACGUGUUUCAACAACAUGCACUUAUGUGAUCAAUGGACGCCUCAGACGACUUCACACUCGGUUUUCUGUUAAAAAGGACACAUGGAGCAGAGCUGAGAGGAAAGUGUGUGAUUCAGUGCUGGAGCAUUUUAAUACACAGUACACACAGGAGCUGGGACUGGAUCUCUGGAUCUCUGCAAGGGAAGUCCUGCUGAAUCCUCACUGCUGGCAGUACGCCGUCCUACUGAAUCGCUUCAGCGAUCUUCUGAACAUUAAAGCUGACUUAAAAUCGCUCGGUUAUUACAGCCUUCUGUCUCAGCCGGAUUCUCCCGUCAUCGGGUCUCUUCAGUGUCUGGUCCACAGAGAUGCGGUGCGUUUGCGCACUCAGAGACAUCGCCCUGGGUGGCUGAAGCAGUACUACCUGCUGAAUGCUGCGUCCAUGCUGCCUGUGCUGGCGCUGGCUGUAAGGGACGGAGAGAGGGUCUUGGAUCUGUGCUCCGCUCCGGGAGGGAAAGCCCUGGCUGUACUGCAAAUGGCAAACCCGGGGCUGCUGCAUUGUAAUGAAAUGGAUAAGAGCAGGUACGAAUGGCUGGUGAAGACUCUGGAGUCGUACGUCCCUCGUGAACUCAGAGACACCCUCGACGUGACCAACGAGGACGGCAGGGACAUCGGGGGCACGACGACAAAGAUGUUCGACAAGGUGCUAGUAGAUGCCCCAUGCUCCAAUGACCGCAGUUGGCUGUUUAGCUCCGGAGCCCAGCAGGUGGAGCUGCGGCUGAGAGAGCGAACUAAUCUACCUCAGCUGCAGAAGGAGCUUCUCUGUUCAGCCUUGGCAGCGGUGCGUCCCGGAGGACUCGUGGUUUAUUCCACCUGCACCUUUUCCCGUGCUGAGAACCAGUCAGUCGUGGAGGCGGUGCUUUCGACCUACCAGGGGGUGGAGCUUGUGGAGCUAGAGGAGGAACUGAUUGUCUCUCUCUCUAAUCAUUUUAAAUUCGCCCACCUCCAUUCUCCACUGGGUUAUUUGGUGGUGCCUGAAAAGGGAAGAACAUGGGGGCCCAUGUAUGUAUGCAGAUUGAGGAGAAAACCAUCAUCCUGAACAUCUCCUUUAUCAUGGUGAUGUUUUCUCUGAGAGGAACAUUUUCGAAAGUCAUCUUUGUGAGCGUCAGCGCUCAGUAACACUCAGAUUUUAAGCUGUAACACUUUUGUUAAUUUAAAAAACCCUGUAAUCCUUCACAUGUCUGUGGUAUAAGAGGAAUAAAACACUCCAGAAUAUUUUUUUCUUC